UGGUUGGGAACCCAAAUUUUGCAUUCCGAAGGCCACCGACAACAUUGCUCCCGAUCAGGUAGCUGUCUCUGUGUCCGAGAGCCAAAAUGGAAGGGAAUACGAAUAGAAAGACGCAAAAUGACCAUGGUCACGAAAGCCAUCAAGGUAACAGUAGAAAGGGCGAUGCAGGCAACUGCAAGCACGGCAGCAACGCUACGAAUAACGAGGUGGAGGCAGAUAGAAGUACCACGACGCUGUCGAACUCGCUGCUGCAAUCGUCAGAAAACCCCACCGACGAUGCGUUGAAGUUGGUGAUUGUAUGCGUUGGUUUACCCGCCAGAGGAAAAUCGUACAUCACGAAAAAGUUGCAACGGUAUCUGAACUGGAUGCAAUACAAUACAAAGAUCUUCAAUGUGGGAAAUACGCGGAGACAGCUAAAAGUGUUUGCGCCUAGUAAUUAUCCGAUACAGGGGCCUACGGUAGACCACAGCACGCCGAUGCAAUCCCCCUCGCCGUCGUAUGUGGGCGGACUGCCCGAAGCCGAACGCGGAGACCGCUUGGCAUCCCACGACGCAAACUUGUUUGAUCAUAACAACAAGGAGAAUUUCCAGCUGAGAGAAAAGUGGGCAAAGGAGACUCUCGAUCAUCUGUUGGAUUUCCUAUUAUCAGACGACGGGAAUGUGGGCAUAUUCGAUGCGACCAACACGACAAAGGCUCGUAGGAGAUGGAUUGUAGAGACGAUAAACAAGCGUACCAAAGGGUUGGUGAAAAUUUUGUUCCUCGAGUCAAUUUGCACGGAUGAGGACUUGAUUGAGAAAAACAUUCAUCUAAAGUUGAGUGGCCCGGACUACAAGAAAAUGGACCCGGCCAAGGCUUUGCAAGACUUCAGACAGCGUUUGCACAAUUACUCAAAAGUGUACGAAACCAUCGACGAAUCGGAGGAAAGUGAGAACGAGAAAUUCGAUAUCCAAUAUGUGAAGAUUGUAAAUGCCGGAAAGAAAAUUAUAUCUUUCAACAUCAGCGGUUAUUUGAGUUCUCAAUGUGUGUUUUUCCUUUUGAAUUUCAACCUUACGGAUCGCCAAAUUUGGUUAACUGCAAAUGGCGAGUCUGUCUAUAACGUUCAAAAUAGGUUGGGCGGAGAUUCUGACCUCACAAGGAAAGGCAUAGCGUUUGCUAAAGCAUUACCAAAAUUUAUCUCGAAGAAGAGACAGGAAUUCAAGUUGAAACAAUACGGUAAAGAGUUUGUUAACGACACUACGACAUUCAAAACGAACACUUCAACCCAUUCAUUGAAGAACUUCAAUGUAUGGACAUCAACUUUGAAAAGAACAAUUGAAACUGCACAUUAUUUCCCUCGUGAUGAGUUUUUUUUCAAAAGCUUCAAGAUCUUGAAUGAUUUAGGUUGUGGAUCUUACGACUCUAUGGCUGAGGAUGACUUCAGAUAUUUGCACCCCGAUGAAUAUCUGGAAUCUUUAGAGAAUAAAUUAUCCUAUAGGUAUCCAGGUCUUGGAGGUGAGUCGUAUUUGGAUGUUCUAAGCAGAUUGCGUCCAAUAAUUAUAGAAUUGGAGAGAUUGAAAGACCAUGUGCUGAUCGUUUCUCAUCGGGUCAUAAUUAGAGCUUUGUUGUGCUACUUCAUGAACUUGAGUAAGGAAAUGUUAACAGAACUAGAAGUCCAGCAUAAUUAUGUUUACUGCGUUGAACCAAAACCCUAUGGCUUAGAUUUGAACAUUUGGCAUUAUGACGAUGUGACCGAUAUGUUCAUUGAAGUGGACGUUGCUGAAAUCAUGAAACGAAGACGCAAGCGCGGUUCUUUGGUCCUGAAUGACGUUGAACGUUUGAGAAGAAUCUUACUGAAACACAGUAUGAGUUACGACUCCGAUGAUGUUUUGAGUAGCACCAUGGAAACUGCCAGUGAAAGUGAAAGUGAUAGUGAUAACGAAUCACAAUCGGAUCUUGAAACUGCAAUGGGUGGUUCAGCCAAACCGUCUCCUAAAGUACUGUGCAGUAGAUCAGAUUCGCAGGCUUAUGAAUUUACCAGAAACAGCUCAGCAGAUUUGAAGAUGUUAGGCUUUAAUCCAUUGAAUAGCAGCAACAAUUUGAGACUGAAUGGGUCAGCUAGUCUGACUAGUAUGGCAAGUCUCGGUAGUUUAGCCAGUGGAACUAGCUUAUCAAGCCAGCCAGGUCUUUCAAACUUCAAAAGUCAUUUGAAGGGGAGCUCAUCAGAUUUGCGAGGGCAAGCUGCACAGGCAGCACAGGCAGCACAGGCCGCCAACUUACAUAUACCCACCAGCACAAGUGAGUUGGCAAUGCCAGCCAUAACUCUUUCCAGAAAAAAUUCUUUGAGACAUAUAAAGAAACCAAGCAUAGAUUGGGAUUUGUUCGAUCACACAGUGGAAAAAGAAUCAAACAACAACAAUAGCGGUAAAAUACACCGUAUUGAAUCUGGUAGUAGCGGUACUAGCAGUUGUGAGACUUCAGCAGUGUUGGAUGCUGAAGUAGAUUUGAUUAUGUCUAAUCCGGUAUUAGUGCAAAAACUCAUGGAGAGAAUAAAGAAUCGUUAGCUUUAUCCACUCUCAACCCCUCAGUUUGUAGAUAUAUUUGUUUCGUAUUGAAACGUUUUGUAUACAAAUGCAUGAACGA